UUAUUGUUUAAAUUUACCGUAUUUAGAGAAAUUUAGAUCGAUUUAAAUAAAUUUUUACCAAUUUAAAAUUCCAUUUAAAAUAGUUUAAACUAAUUUAAAUCUAUAAAUCCGUAUAAACCAAUUUUAAAAUACAGUAUUGGUACUCUCUCUCUGUUGGUGAUUAGGGUUUUGCAAUCUAGACAUGUCUCGGGCCAAGAAUAAGCAAUCGCCACCGUCUCGGAUUACGUCACUUCCCGAGGACAUCGUGGUUGACAUCUUGGCGCGUGUACGGACAUGUGACUAUCCAAGAGUCUCCCUCGUAUCGAAGCGCUUCCGUUCGCUCGUUUCGUCGGCUGAGAUAUACUCAAGACGAUAUUCGCUGGGCUACACUGAACAUUGUCUCUAUCUUAUCCUCUAUGACAAGGACAACAAGAAUAACCGUUUGUAUACGCUCCGCCGGAAAGACAACAACGGGAAUUGCAGCCGCCGCUUGGUCCUUAUCCCUGGGCUUCCUGACAUGCCUCGCCAUGCAAGCUUUGUAGCGGUGGGUUCGAGGAUAUAUGUGUUUUGUGGGAUUAACUCUUUCAUCAUCGACUGUACAUCUCACACUGUGCAACCCCUCCCUAGCAUGCCUGUGCCCAUGUCUAAUAUAGUCUCUGCUGUCAUUGGCGGGAGAAUCUACGUCUUUGGAUAUCACGGUACCGAUCCAGAGUCAGUGGCGAUAUUGGUGUUCGAUACAGAAACACAAACGUGGGAGGAUGGGAUGACAAAGCCAGUGAUGGAGAUGAGUUUAUGUUUCCUGGUGGUGAUGGCUGAUAAGAUGUACGUGAUGGGUUAUGAGAACAGCUAUGUUUACGACCCAAAGGAAAGCAAAUGGGAAACGGACGAGGUGCUGGACUCCAAGACGUGGGAGAACGCGUGUGUCGUUGAUGAUGUUUUGUACUUUUAUGAUUUUCGUGGCAAGGAAUUGAGAGUGUAUGAUCCAGAGCACAAGUGUUGGGGAGUGGUGAAUGGUUUGGAUGAUUUAAAGAUGAGACGUGUUGGUUGUUAUUGGACAAGGACUGUGAGUUAUGCUGGAAAACUGGUUUUAUUUUUCCGUAAACAAAAAAUCAUAUGGGAGAUUUGUUAUGCGGAGAUUUCGCUGGAAAGACGCAAAGGGGGUCAGAUUUGGGGUAAAGUUGAUCAGUGGAGUAGUGAUCAUGCUUCGACUGCUGGUAGGCUUUACAUUAUGAAAUCUCUAGAUGUUGUGGUUUGAUUGCUUCAACAACGCUCUCCUUUUAAUAAACUUGUUGUGAUAUGGGGGAUUUGUUUAGUGUAGGGCAUUUAUAACUGCUUCCCAAUAAAUGGAAACAUGUUCCGAGUUUUGAGAUGAUCAUGCUUGU